AUGGACGUUUCAAGUCCCAGGACUGAAGCUGCAUCAAUGGAGCCCACUUCCAAACUCAUUUGCUGUAGAUCCAUAAAGCGUUGCAUCCCUUUGCUAUAUAGAGAGGAGCUUUACCACAUCCUGUGCAUGACUGGACCAUUGGUCACGUCACGCAUUCUGACUUUUCUUCUGCCAUUUGUAAUAACAAUGUUUUGUGGUCGUCUGGGAAAUACUGUGCUGGCUGGUUAUGGGAUGGCUUCAGCUACAAUAAACAUCACAACAGCGGCUACAGAAGGAGGCCUGGCAUUAGCAGCUGAUACUCUAAUAUCUCAGACCUUUGGUGGGAAGAACAUGUUGCGUGUUGGUGUCAUCCUUCAGAGAAGCGUCUUGAUUCUCCUGCUUUUCUGUCUGCCCUGUUGGGCUUUACUCAUCAACACCCGUCCCAUUCUUCUUCUGCUGGGUCAGGACCCAGAGGUGGCCAGGAUAGCUCAACUCUAUGUGAUUUUUUACCUGCCAGCUGUUCCUGCUAUGUUUUUACAUCUGCUGCAAGUCGCCUAUCUGCAAAAUCAGGGUGUGAUCUUGCCUCAGAUGUAUGCAGCCAUUGUGGCCAAUAUUGCCAAUGUUGGGACAAACUACAUCCUUCUUAACUGGUUGGACCUUGGAUUAUAUGGCUCUGCUGCUGCUAACAGCCUCUCCCAGAUCUAUAUUUGUGGUCUUCUUUAUGUUUAUAUUCACUGGAAGAAGUUGCACAUUGACACGUGGGGAGGUUGGUCAUGUGAAUCACUUCAGGAGUGGGAUGGAUAUAUGAAACUGGCCAUCCCCAGUACAAUGAUGCUCUGCUUUGAGUGGUGGAUAUAUGAGAUUGGGGGUUUCAUAGCAGGAAUGCUGAGCGAGUUGGAUCUGGCAGCUCAACAUACAGUUAUUAUGCUGGCUUAUAUAACCUACAUGUUUUCGCUGGGGAUUCAAGGCGCUGCAUGUGUUCGUGUAGGUAACGCGCUUGGAGCUGGAGAUACUGCUGGUGCAAUCCGAAGCUGCAAGGUGUCACUCACCUGCAUAGCGGUCUUGGCUGUUUUGCAAGGUCUUGUGUUAGUAGGGACAAAAUCAGUGAUUGGUUUCUUAUUUACGUCAGACAGACAUAUUGUGGCGCUUGUUUCCAAGGUCUUAAAUGUCUACUGUGUACUUCAGUUUUUUGAUGCCCUUGGUGGUGUCUGUAUGGGUAUACUCCUGGGGUCUGGUCAGCAGAAGAUUGCUGCUGCUGCUAACUUCUUUGGGUAUUACUGCAUUGGACUUCCACUCGGCAUUGCUCUCGUGUUUGCUGCAAAAUUAGACGUUGUUGGCUUUUGGCUGGGGCUGCUCAUCUGUGAAUGUUUACAGUCCAGCUUUUUCAUUGCAGUUAUUUUUAAACUUAACUGGGAGAAACUGACCGAAGAGGCAGUGGAACGAGCCGGAAAGAGUAAAGUCUCUGACACGACAACUCCAGAUGUGCCAAACAACCUUGAAUUUGCUGCUAGGACUAUAGCGAGGCAAAGUGAGAAUGGGGAUGAGAACAUAGGAGGAAAAGUGGUUGAGGAAAAGGAGGAACGUACAGCGAGGCUCUCAACCUCUCAGAUCAUCAUCAGGAGGGGUCUGACUACAUUGGCUGCUGUUCUUAUUCUAGCUGUUGGUGUGGCUGUUCAUCUCAAUGUGCCUUUACCUGAAGUGUUAUGUAAGGCAAAUAUUACUUUGGACUCAAACCUUACCACAACUUGCCCUUUUAUAAUCAAUUCAACAUCAGUCUCAAUUUCAUAACAGAACGAUUAUUUUAGCUUUAGUGUUGCUUGUAAUAGAUCUGAUCUCUUUAGUAUUCCAUCUGUUUCUGCAAUGAGGACUCCUGAUUCUCAUAUGAGGAAAAUACCUCACAUAAGAGAUUGCUACAACAUGUUAAACUGUUCAAAUUGCACCUGCAAUGCUUACUAAUGAUGUUUUUGUCCGGUUUGCCUGAGCUUGUCAGGGAAUCAAAGGCAAAUAUUUAAUUUAAUCUUUCUCUCUCAAAAUUUAUGAGAUAGAAAGUCAUUUUAUUGAUCAUUUUUGGUGUUUGGGGUGAGGAUUGGGGUUGAUCCACUUAUGUAGUAUUUGUUUUUUGUUUUUUUGAUGUGCAUAAAUAAGUGACAGGUAUCAUAAGAUUUUCUUCUUCCUGUUUCUUUUCUUUCUUCCGUUCAUACAUGCUAUUAAUGAAUGAAAUUAAUAAAAAUAUUAA